GUCGAGAUAGCCGAAAAAUUACUUACUGCAUUUCCUAACAAUUUUUACCGAUAUCUGCAAAAUAGUUUACUGCAGAUUAUAAUAAAUAAGUAUUAAACAGGCAGUUCUUUUUAAACUCAAUUUAAAAUGUUGAUCAAAGUGAAGACUCUUACCGGGAAGGAGAUUGAAAUAGACAUAGAGCCCACAGAUAAAGUGGAAAGAAUUAAAGAAAGAGUUGAAGAAAAAGAAGGCAUUCCACCCCAACAACAACGUCUUAUAUUCUCAGGAAAACAAAUGAACGAUGAAAAGACUGCACAAGACUACAAAGUCCAGGGUGGUUCAGUUCUUCAUUUGGUUUUAGCGUUGAGAGGAGGAGAGUGAUCUGUCUGGUGAUAAUUUGCUUCUCAUAUUUAUAAUACUUACUAUUAUUUUUCAAUAUCAUACUUGUAAAAAGUCAACAUGAAAAUAAUGAUUUGA